UGUAUUCUGGCGUGAAUUUCUAAAGUCUACGCAGCCCAAUCCACCAGGCAGUUCGGUUUCUGUAUUUCUUGUGUGAUUAACGAAUUUUUUCUUAAUCAUUGUACUUAACUAUUCUUGUCCUCUCAUUCAGCUGGUCCCCCCCUCUUUUUUAUGAAUCUCAUUGGCGUAACGUUUGCGAGAACGGCUAGUCGUAGGACGCCGUUUGUAUUUUCUUUGCCAAGAACGGGGUUUUUGUCUGUAUCUACUUUUCCGCGAAGAUUAUUCACCCAGGACGCCGUUCGUCCGGUCGAUGCGCCCUUUUUACGCUGUUACAUUCGUCCGUAUCCCCGACCAUCUUUCUGGAAACAUCCUAUAUUGGCAUUAAAGACGGUAUGGAGAAUUCUCGUGCGGGAGAAACUCGUUUCUCUUCGUAACCGUCUUCUUUUACGCCGUUCUCUUCCUGGUUAUGCGUUUGCAUGGAAAUCACUGCCAGCGUUGGCUGAACAACUUCACUCAGCAUUGAAUACAGCAAUCGCAAGGCACGAUCUGGACGCCAUUGAUAAAGUGUGUACGGUGACAGAGGCCCGGCAACUUAAGUCGCACUUGAAAGACUCACCUGUGUUUACAUGGAAGCGAGAAGCGUGGGUGCAAAAGCCCAAACUGCUCGCAACGAACAUCGCGCCCGUAAAUUUCAGUGGAAAUGAGUUCUUCAUACAAUGUGUUGUCCGUUUGCACUCGCGUCAAAGCGUCCAAUUUGAUUCGAGUCAGCCCAAGUCGGAAGAUGAGUGCGUGGAGAACAUAGUACUCCAACAAAAAACAUGGGUUCAGCCGAGAGAAUGGAAGAUUUGGGGUUUCGUACCCUCAUGCGAGUCCGAUUCCGUGAAAAUGAAGCUUCCUGAUGGCCAGGUCGCUUACAUUUCUCGUGAGAAGCUCUCUGUUCUCGCCGAUGCAAAAGCAAGUGCUAAUGUGGAUGCCACUAAUGCUGGUGCCGGUGCCCAAUAAUCUACAAUGUAAGACAAAGCAAUUUAGAUGGCUUCCUUAAUCCCUGCAUUUGCGACCGUUAUUCAAGUCAUUUCCUAUUCACUUGGUCUAAAUAACUAUUCCUAGCACAGUCUAGCGCAAGCCGGCACACGCAACUACGGAAUCGUGUAUAUAUACAUAUAUAUAUGUAUAUAUAUUCACACAUUUUUCCAUUGCAUUCUUUCCUUCACUUGUGUGCUCCUAAUGUCUCUUUUUUAUUGUUUAUUACCUAAAUCCUUAAUCCCAUCCUGCUUUUCUUUUCUUUUUUGGAA